GGGGCCGGAGCCUGCGCUGCAUAAAGCCGGGGAGCGCCGGGAUGCGCGGGUCGCUGCGAGGAGCAGGCUGCUGAGGCUUCUGGGUGACCGAUCGAAACAGCCCCCUAACCGGCCCCUUUUCUGGGAAAACGACACGGAAAACUUCGCGUAUUUACGGUGGAACUGAUGAAGGAAGAAGGUAGUUCUAACAUGGGACUCACAGAUCUUGAUGCAUCCUUUGCGUCCAAUCUCCAGUCACCGAAUGAAAAUGCUGAUAAUUCAGAGAAAAAUCUGGAAACAAGUGCGGAGAACAGCCUGUACAACCAGUACGAGGAGAAGGUGCGCCCCUGCAUCGACCUCAUCGACUCCCUGCGCGCCCUGGGCGUGGAGCAGGACCUGGCCCUGCCCGCCAUCGCCGUCAUCGGGGACCAGAGCUCGGGCAAGAGCUCGGUGCUGGAGGCUCUGUCGGGCGUCGCCCUGCCCAGAGGCAGCGGUAUUGUUACAAGAUGCCCCUUGGUGCUGAAGCUGAGGAAACUUGGGCAAGAAGAUAAAUGGAAAGGCAAAGUCAGUUACUGGGACACUGAGUUGGACAUUUCAGAUGCUUCGGAGGUAGAACAGGCGAUCAGGAAAGCCCAGGUUGUCAUUGCUGGAGAAGGUGUGGGAAUCAGCCAGGAGCUCAUUACUCUGGAGGUCAGCUCCCCUCAUGUGCCGGAUCUGACCCUGAUAGACCUUCCUGGCAUCACCCGGGUGGCGGUGGGCAAUCAGCCAGCUGACAUUGGACGUCAGAUUUUGAAACUCAUCCAGAAGUACAUCAAGAAGCAAGAGACCAUCAUAUUGGUGGUGGUGCCCAGUAACAUGGACAUCGCCACCACAGAGGCGCUGAGCAUGGCUCAGGAGGUGGACCCCGAAGGAGACAGGACCAUAGGAAUCCUCACAAAGCCCGACCUGGUGGACAGAGGCACGGAAGACAAGGUAGUUGACGUGGUGCGAAAUUUUGUCUACCACCUGAAAAAGGGCUACAUGAUCGUCAAGUGCCGAGGCCAGCAGGACAUUCAGGACCAGCUGAGCCUGCCCCAGGCCCUGCACAAAGAGAGGGAGUUCUUCGAGAACCAUCCACAUUACAAGGAUCUGCUGGAGGAGGGCAGAGCCACGAUCCCCUGCCUGGCGGAAAGACUGACCACCGAGCUCAUCGAACACAUCUGUAGAACUCUGCCCCUGUUAGAAAACCAGAUGAAGGAGCUCCAGCAGAGCGUGUCGGAGCAGUUACAGAAGUACGGCACGGACAUUCCCCAAGACGAAAGUGAAAAAAUGUUCUUUCUGAUCGACAAAAUUAAUUCGUUUAAUCAGGACAUCCUCGCUUUAGUAGGAGGGGAGGAGUCCGUGGAGGCGAACAGUAGUCGGCUGUUCACCAAGAUCCGGAACGAGUUCCACAAGUGGAGCCUAACGAUUGAAAAAAACUUCCGGGAAGGUUAUGGUGAUAUUCUUAGACAGAUCAACAUAUUUGAAAAUCGGUAUCGUGGCAGAGAGCUGCCAGGAUUUGUGAAUUACAAGACAUUUGAGACCAUCAUAAAAAAGCAGGUCAAACUCCUGGAAGACCCCGCUGUGGACAUGCUGCACAAUGUCACCGAUAUGGUCCGGAAUGCCUUCGCAAAUGUUUCCAAGAAAAAUUACGAGGAAUUUCUCAAUCUUUACAGAACCUCCAAGUCCAAAAUUGAAGACAUUAGACUAGAGCAAGAAAAAGAGGCCGAGAAAUGCAUCCGGCUUCACUUCCAAAUGGAGCAGAUUGUCUACUGCCAGGACCAGGAGUAUCGGACUUCACUGCAGAAGAUCCAAGAGAAGGAACUAGAGGAGAAGAAGAAAUCAGGCAAGGGCUUAAUUGAGCAAGUCUCUUCAGAUUGCUCCCUCGCUGAAAUCUUCCAACACCUCUUGGCCUACCGCCAGGAGGCCAGCAAGCGCCUGUCCAACCACAUCCCUCUGAUCAUCCAGUACUUCAUCCUGCAGUCGUAUGGCCAGCAGCUGCAGAAGGCCAUGCUCCAGCUGCUGCAGGACAAGGACCAGUUCGACUGGCUGCUCAAGGAGCAAAACGACACCAGCGACAAGAGGAAGUUCCUGAAGGAGCGGCUGGCGCGGCUGACAAAGGCUCGGCAGCGGCUGGCCAAGUUCCCAGGUUAAGUUGGGCUCUGUCCCACCCUGGUCCCCCAGCCUUCUUCCCCGGAGACCUGCGCCUUCGUCGGUGACCCAUGCUCACCCCUCAGUGAGAAGGGACCUGGUAGGAAGCUAUGAUGAGCAGCCUGGUCUCCAGCACGAGGCCCGCCCUCAGGAAAGAUGCGGUUUAGGUCAGGCAGGUGAUGCCCUCUUCCUGGUUAGGAAUCCCGUCGUGCCGUUCCUGCUCCCAGACUCUCCGCGUCUCCAUCACAGACCGCACGUGAGCCCCAUAGACGCUCUAGCGCCCAGUUUUCUUGCUGGCUUUUCCUGCCGUAAGAUCAUUAGCACCAUGUGUAUGAAUGCUACAAGAGUCAUAAUUCACCAGUUGGUAAUAAACUCCUUUCUAACCACACUUCUCCGAUACCUUUUUUAUUUGGGGGAGAAGG